AUGCAGAGGCCAGGGACAGAAGACUCUUUCCUGGACAGGGCAGAGAGCCAGGAGAAGGAAACAUCAGCUGGAAAAAGAAUAAUGGAAAAUUGUACAGACACAAAUAAUAGCUCCACUUGCCCAGGAAUUCCCUACAAAGACAGCAAGACACUUCUGGUUGCUGUUUACAGCAUCGUUUUUGCCAUAGGCCUUCCAGCAAAUUGCUUAACUUCCCUGCUUACGUUUGUACAAAUCCAAAGGAAUAAAGUAAUUGCCAUCUACAUUUUCAGUUUAUCGUUGUGUGAGCUGAUGUAUUUAAGUACCUUGCCUCUCUGGAUUAUCUACGUGCAACAUGAGCACCAGUGGAAUAUGGGUCUAAAUGCUUGCAGAGUAACAGGAUUCAUCUUUUUCUGCAACAUAUACAUCAGCAUUCUGCUUCUGUGCUGCAUUUCUGUGGAUCGUUAUGUGGCACUGGUGUAUGCUCUGGAGUCAAGGGGGAGAAGAGAACAGAAAAAGGCAAUCAUAAUAGUGUGUUUUCUCUUUGCUGUGGUUGCAGUAAUCCACACUCCAGUAUUUUACAUGGAAGAUAAUUCAGAACAUAAGCGUAACAAUACCUGCUUUGAGACUUUGCCCCUUGACAUAAAAUUGGCUUCUUUCAGCUUUGCCAGAUUCCUAUUUGGAUUUGCCAUACCUUUCGCAGUCCUCAUUUUCACAAACUAUAAAAUUUUCCAAAGUACAAAAACAAGCAGCAGCUUGACUUGUCGCCAAAAAGCCAAAGUGAAGUAUCUGGCUAUCGCCAUUAUUGUCAUUUUCCUGAUCUGCUUUGCUCCCUACCAUGUGGUACUCAUAACAAGAUCCAUAUACUUUAUGUUUCAUCAAAAUUGCUCAUGUCCAUUUGAAAAAGAUAUCUAUUCAAUUUUUACAGUGUUUUUGUGUUUAGCCACUGCGAACAGCAUUGCCGAUCCAAUCAUCUACGUGCUAGUUAGUGAAAAUGUCAGAAAAGAUUUUUAUAGAAGUCUCAGAAGAUGGAGAUUGAACUCAGCCAGGCUGAAUUCAUCCAUUAAUCAUAAGACUGACAGCACAAAAUCAAAAAUGUCAAAAGAAUCACAGGAAGGAGGGCUAAGAGAAGAAAACAAAGAAAUACCAGGUUCAUCUGAUAUUCAAAAGACCUGUAAUAGUGGUAAAGACCAAGAAGAUGGUAGCUAG